AUAGCAUGACGUGCUGCUGAUCAUACCAUGGGAGACAUAGUAAAGAAGAAUGUGGAGGAGGACGAGCCUCCUGAGCCUUUGGAAAAUGAGUGUUCCAGAAACAUGGAGGAGCUUGUGGAAUUCUCCAACACUGAAAGGGUUAAAUUUGAUGACACAGGCUUAUCCAUGUUGCUGCAAAGUGGGUUGGAGAACCUUCGCCUGGAAAACUCUCUCACGGAUGUUACCCUGUGUGUGGGCAAGGUGAAAUUCUCAUGUCACCGUGUGGUCCUUGCAGCAGCAAGCAAUUAUUUCAGGGCAAUGUUUUGCAUUGAUCUAAAAGAAAAGUAUGAGAAGAACAUAGUAAUUAAGGGAGUCGAUGCGGAGACAAUGCAGAUUCUCUUGGAUUACACCUAUACAAGCAAAGUGCUGAUCACAAAGGAAAAUGUGCAGAAAGUCUUGGAAGCUGCCAGUCUUUUCCAGUUUUUGCGGAUGGUAGAGGCUUGUUCAAACUUCCUUAAUGAUGCUCUUCAUCCAGAAAACUGUGUUGGAAUUUUAAGACUGGCUGAUGCUCAUUCACUAGGUAACUUGAAACAGCAGGUCAAGAACUACAUCAUUCAGAAUUUCACCCAAGCACUGAACAGUGAUGAAUUCUUAGAGUUGCCUUUGGAUGUCCUGUGCCACGUGCUAAAGAGUGAUGACCUCUGUGUCACUGAAGAAGCAGAAGUGUUUGAAACAGUUAUAAACUGGGUUCGUUACAAAAUACCAGAAAGGCUUCCUUUUCUGCCCUUUAUCCUUGAGAGUGUCCGCUUGCCCCUUCUGGAUCCUUGGUAUUUUGUAGACACCGUAGAAGCAGAUCCACUCAUCAGGCAGUGCCCUGAUGUCUUUCCACUGCUUCAAGAAGCCAGGAUGUAUCACCUCUCAGGGAAUGAGAUCAUUUCAGAAAGAACAAAGCCCAGGAUGCAUGAAUUCCAGUCAGAGGUGUUUAUGAUCAUAGGUGGAUGCACGAAGGAUGAAAAGUUUGUAGCUGAAGUUACUUGCCUUGAUCCCUUGAGGCGUAGCCGUUUGGAAGUGGCAAAACUGCCCAACACAGAACAAGAAACAGAGACUGAGAAUAAAAAAUGGGUGGAGUUUGCCUGUAUUACAUUAAAAAAUGAAGUCUAUAUAUCAGGUGGGAAAGAAACACAGCAUGAAGUAUGGAAGUAUAAUUCUUCCAUCAACAAGUGGAUACAGACUGAAUAUCUCAAUGUUGGAAGAUGGAGACACAAAAUGGCUGUACUGGGUGGCAAAGUAUAUGUGAUCGGCGGCUUUGAUGGUAUACAAAGGAUCAACAGCGUAGAAACAUACGAUUCUUUUCACAACUGCUGGUCAGAGGCAGCCCCCCUCAUGAUCAACGUGAGCUCAUUUGGGGCAGCUAGCUACAAGAAGAAGCUCUAUGUGAUUGGUGGAGGACCCAAUGGGAAACUUGCUACUGACCAAACGCAGUGUUAUGACCCAACAACAAACAACUGGACUUUAAAAUCACCCAUGCCUGUUGAAGCAAAAUGCAUCAAUGCCACAAGUUUCCAUGACCACAUCUAUGUUAUUGGUGGGGCAAUGAGGGCAAUCUACUCUUAUAGCCCACUCAUGGACAUAUGGUGCCUGGUGACUCAGUUAAAUCACGAACGAGCAAGCUGUGGAAUUGCCCCUUGCAACAACAAGCUAUUCAUCACAGGAGGCCGAGAUGAGAAGAAUGAAGUCAUUGCCACGGUGCUAUGUUGGGAUGCAGAAAUUCAGAAGUUAACUGAGGAAUGUGUACUCCCCCGUGGAGUCUCUCAUCAUGGAAGUGUAACCCUCCGGAAGUCCUACACAUACAUCCGCAAGGUAGUGCCUGGGGCAGUCUCAGUUUGACUUGGAAAGAAGAUUUGGGAGAAGAAUGUCAAGUGAUAAUGGAAUGCCUCAUUUGUCCUGACAUUUUGAAUAGGCUGAUUGUGAUUAAAAUCACUAGGUAUGAUAUUUCUUGUGGUAAAUACUUGUAGAGUUGGUUUUCUACUGUACUACACAGAUUGUAAAUUAUUUUUAUCUGGAUAUACCAGGCUAUUUAUUGUCCUGCAGUAUCAUUCAGCGAGUAGUUCAAAGGCAUGGAAUGGCUCUUUAAAACUGAGCUCUGUGAAUUUCAAAUAGGGAGGAAAGGGGGCACGCUGUGGCCUGAUCUAGGAAACAAAGCAAGGUCAUUACUUGGAAGGCAGAUCACAAAGGAAAGCUCUGAAGAUGAAGUCAAUGGAAAGCCACCUGUGCUUCUCACUUGCCCUGAAAGCUCCUUGCUCAGUUGCAACUUGAUGGCACUUUGUUGCAAAAUUGUUUGGCCAAUUUGAAUAUGUGUCUUUUAAAGUACCCUUUCAUUUUGCAUCUGCGGAAAGAUCUAUUACUCCAAAUGAUAUUACCUGAGACAAAAGAUGAAACACAAUUAAAGGAAUAGGGGUGCAAGAAAUAGCAAAGAGAGAGAAAAUCAACAAGUCCAGGAGACAAGUGAAACAAAGGUGGAGGAAACAGGAUGAUGAUGAAGGAAAUGGAGUGGGGGAAAUGGGAAGGAAGAAGAGGAAACAGGGGGUGGUAACUACAUGUUAAAUCAGCUGUUGAGCGAGUUUACAUCUCAUUUCUGGGUGAAGACUUUGCCUGAGCUGCUCUUUGGUCAUAGAAAGUUCUGAAGAAAAUCCUCAUAGGGGCUAUCCAUUAUUGCUCUCUUCAACACUCUCAAGCACCACAGUCAAACAAUAUGGUACAAAGUGACCCUAUAGUGGCAAGCAUAUUGGCUCUCCUUCCACCAAUGCAUUGCCACCUUCUUAAUGGUGCUUUAUUAUAAUGCUCUUGCCUGUACACUUGUCUGAGAAGAAGACUGGACAAGCAGCCUUACACGAUGCCUGUCAUUUCCUGCUGUAAGAGUUCAUGACUACAAAAACAGAAGAAGCAACCAACUGCUAAGAAAAGAGGGUGUGAUUAAUAAAGAUCUUUGAUGCAGCUGU